AUGUGUGCUGUGCACGCGUGUUCUGUGCACGCGUGUCCUGUGCUACAUGUGUGCUGUGAACGCGUGUUCCACUGCACAUGUGUCCUGUGCACGCGUGUUCCACUGCACAGGUGUGCUGUGCACGCGUGUUCUGUGCACAUGUGUGCUGUGCACGCGUGUUCCACUGCACAUGUGUGCUGUGCACGCGUGUUCUGUGCACAUGUGCUGUGCACGCGUGUUCCACUGCACAUGUGUGCUGUGCACGCGUGUUCUGUGCACAUGUGUGCUGUGCACGCGUGUUCUGUGCACGCGUGUCCUGUGCUACAUUGUGUGCUGUGCACGCGUGUUCCACUGCACACGUGUGCUGUGCACGCGUGUUCCACUGCACAUCUGCGCUGA